AUGAUCACACCUACAUUGAUUUGGUUGUUUCGCAAGGCUGCUCGCACCUUAGAAAAUACCAAAGCGUUGGCUCAAUCUCGAAGAACUUUUCACCAGAGAGUACCUAGAUCUGCGGUCAAGGUGACAGAUUGUGCUGGUUUUGAAGAAAACAAUGUAAAUAUUAUAGGUCUACCUGGAAAAUGGUGGUGCGCGUUCGGGGUUGUCAAAAUGAAAUCUUUGCUGUUCGUGGUCGUCGGAAUCCUUACCGUCCACUGCGACAUCGACAAGUUCGCCAAAAACAGAACGAAUUAUCCUCGGCCUGCCGGCAACACCAGCGUGCCUUUCAGGUGGGACGACUUCAGUAUCGAGAGGACUCUGCUCUCCGCUGAACAGACGGGAAAACUGUGCCUGAAAAACGUCGACAAGUGCAUCGAACAAGAUCUGAAUUAUGAAAGUACGGCCAACGGCCUCUCCAGCUUCCUCCUCGGAACCCAACCCCCCUUUGACCUGAGUCAAGUCCCCGGCGUCUCUCCUCUGUGCAAGAAACAGAGCGAGAAGUAUAUAGAAGACUUGAAAAGGUUCAAAUUAUGGGCACUGAAAAUGUAUGAUUCAACUGCUAAACUACCAUCAGGGUUAUUAAAUGGCAACCUGAAUCAGUUAGGUGACUUCGAUAUGUGUUUACAAAGCAAAGAGAAAAACGAAGAAAUCAGUGGACAAUAUUGCUUAGCUUCCAUGCAAGUGGAAGCUGGAAAUUCUAGUCCGUACAUCCUUGCAUUACACAGGCUAAUGCACUCACACUUCCACUUCAAAAGCGAGCUAGAAGACCCCGGUCACCGCAUCCCCCGCUUUUCCUCCAUCAACUGGGCCCUGUGCAUCCCCAACGCGUGCACUCCUAGGGACGUGGAGCUCGGCCUUACAACCACCGUUGAACAAAUUGUCAAAAACACGGACCUCCGCUUCAAGGUCCUGGUCAGGCCGGAGAUGUGCCACAAGAGCCACAGGAGCCCGGUGCCGACGUCGACGAUUACAGCAAUAUGUGUCUUUGCUGGUAUCGUGGGUCUCGUGGUGUUAGGGACGGUCUAUGACUACUUCACCGAGGGCACCAAACACAGGAAUGAAUGGAUCCUGGCGUUUUCGCUGCUCAAGAAUGCGAUGACACUGACGACGAUUCAGAAGUCGGGAGACGAUCUGGCGGCCAUCCAUGGGAUCAGGUUCUUCAACGCGAUUUUCCUGGUGCUGGCACAUAAGAGUAUGGCGGUGUUCUUCGCGGCGUACGUUAACAGGACAGAGAUGGUUGAGCCAAAUAAUUGUCAAAGUAUCAAACAGCGGCAGUGCCAACAAUAUUAUUUUAAAAAUAAAUUUCCUGGCCUAUUAGAGGACUUUUUUAUCAUGGUAUAUAACACAAUGCAAGAAGAAUAUUGUUUAUUAUGA